AUGUACGUGAUGCGCCGCGGUCGGCCGGCGAGGCAGGACUCGGCGCUGCGCGUCGCCGAGGACGACGACGCGCGGUCCGUCGGCGACGUGGUGGCGGCCGCCGCCGCGCGCAUCGGCGAGGCCGACGGCGUCGCCGCGGCCGUCGUGGCGGCGCUCGAGACCCAAGGGGUGACCUGGGCCUGGCAGCUCGCCCUGGCGAGUGACGGCGACUUCGCGGCCUGCGGCGCGCCCAUGGGCCUCAAGCUCACGAUCAAGGCCGAGCUCCGAGGCCAGGGCGACGACUGGGACGAGGACGACGUGCCCGCGCGCGUCCGCGCGUUCCUGCUCGUGCGCGGCCGCGACGGCAAGGAGCCCGGGCCCAUGGGCCAGCCCGGCGCCCUGUUCCUCGCCUUGCUGGCCAGCCCGACGGAGGAGUGGCAGGGGCAGCUCCUCUUCAUCUGCGAAAUGUGCGCGUUGAUCGCGGGGCUCAUCAUGGGGAUCCCGUUCGCCCUCCUCCGCGACAACGGCGCGCCGGCCGACGGCCGCGACACGUGGACCGCGUGGCGGGCGUCGUCCGACGACGUCCGCGACGCCAUCGCGAUGUUCGUCUUCUUCUCCAUGCUCUUCGUCGUGUUCCUGGCCGUGAUGCUCGGCAUGCUGGCGGCGACGGCCGGCGGCGACGCGGGCCUCAAGGGCGCGAAGUUCUACGAGGGCGCGGUCAACGUCGUGGGCGUCAUGUUCGUCAUGUUCAUGUCCGGCGGCAUCUACCCGCUCAUGGGACUCUUCGAGUGGAAAAUCGUCACCGCCGCGCGGAGCCCGUACCCGAGCGUCGUCGCGAUCGCGUUCUUCUGCGCGACGAGCUUCGGCCUCGCGAACCACGUGUUCCUGAAAUUCGUCAUCGACGCCCUGCCCCUGGAGCUGUACCACCAGCCGAGCUGGAUGCGGACCCUGGGCAUGCUCCACAACCCGCAGCUCGCGUCGCAGAUGACGCUGGCCGCGCUCGAGCCGCGCGCGAGGAAACGCGCGGCGCAGCUCCUCGCGGGCUGCGCCUUCGCGAAGCGCCCGAGCCCGCCGCCGCGGCCGCCCGCGCCCUUAUUCGCCGCCAAGGUCGCCGACGCGCCGCCGACGGAGCGGGCCGUCGACGACGCGCCCGCGUGCUGCCUCCUGCCCGUGCGGCGGCCCUAG